AGGAGAGUUCAGAAGAAACAAGGGUAGAGAGAGAGAGGCAGGAGGAGGUGAUAGCCCAGCCAUUCUCUGCUGCAGCAGUCAGCAGGACAGAGGAAGAUCCUGGAUUCAGAAAGAGGGACAGUUUGCUAACAUCAGCAGCAGGUGAUAACCUUUCUUGGCGAAAACUUGCUGUGACUGUUACAACUAAGAAGGAAGAGGAGAGAGACAGUGUAUACACAGUGCAGACAUUGCUGUUAAUUCUGCAUGCUGGCAUCCUGGGGAAGUGUUUGUCAGUGUCAGAGGGGGACGCAGUGUUGGUGUGUGUCUAAAUGCUGUCUCCUGGAGCCUGGCUUUUAGUUCAUAUUCUUAUUCUGCUUCUGCAGCUGCACUGAGCCAUUCCAGCUCAGCCAACCCCCCUUACUCUACUGCUCUGGACUCCUGUACUCUGAUCCUGAAGAGAAAGUAAAGAAAUCUCUUUUAUUUCCCUAUAAACGAGUAUUAUCAGGACUAGAAGAUAAACAUCACUUGGCCAGAGGAAAAAGAAUAAUACAAAAAAGACUGGUUAUCCCAAGAAGGCCUGGGGACUGAACACUGCAAAAACAAAAAACAACAUAAACACUGCUGAACUUCUCUUUGGCAUCCACUGGCUUUUUGGACACAAAAUCUGCCCCCCUGUCAUAGUUGGGGAAGUUUUAAUAUGGACCUCAAAGUGGCCAACUUCCUUAUCCUGAAGAAGGCAGUAGUCCAUUAGCAGUGCACCUGACUGCUAACUUGUCCCUUUCAAAUUUUAACUCACAGGAGGAAAAGAGGGGAAGCUGACUUUUUUUAAUUUGUUGCUGUGUGUGUGAAGACCACCACCUCUCCAGGAAGAUUCCUGUCCCAUCCCACCUGUCGCCUUCUGACCAGUAUUUGUCCAAGUGCAGUUGGCAACCUUUAUUUCUUCCACGGUCAAGUGAUGUUAACGUUAGGGCAGAUGGAUGGCACCAGGCAGAGCGCUUUUCUCCUCAGUAGCCCUCCCCUGGCAGCCCUACACAGCAUGGCAGAGAUGAAGAACCCUCUCUAUCCAGCCUAUGCCCUCCCAGGGCAACCCUGUUCUUCAUCUGCUUCUUCAUCAUCCUCCUCCUCCUCAUCUUCUCCAUCUCCACCCUUAGGCUCCCCAAACCAAGUCACCCUGAAACACUCUUCAUCUUCAUCACCAUCAAGUGGGGUUCUUUCCUCUUUGGGAACACCUCCCCCUCAAAUAUCAUCAACAGCUACCCCUCAUGGGAUCAAUGAUAUUUUGAGUCGCCCAGUAGUCUCAUGCCUUUCAUCCCUCACUGGGGCUUCCCUCACCCCUUCCACUGCAGUUUCCUCUGCUGGUGUUGCCACCUCUUCUCCUGCAGGAAUUCUGGCAGGACUCCCCAGAUUCAGUAGUUUGAGCCCCCCACCUCCUCCACCUCAUGGACUUUACUUCAGUCCCAGUGCUGCAGUAGCUGUGGCUAGGUACCCCAAACCACUGACAGAUCUUCCAGGAAGGACCCCAAUCUUCUGGCCUGGAAUGAUGCAAAGCCCACCAUGGAGAGAUGCAAGACUGGCCUGUGGCCCCCACCAGGGCUCAGUCUUGCUGGAUAAGGAUGGAAAGAGGAAACACACUCGCCCCACGUUCUCAGGACAGCAGAUCUUCGCUUUAGAAAAGACAUUCGAGCAGACGAAAUAUCUAGCGGGUCCAGAGAGAGCCAGGCUGGCGUAUUCCCUGGGAAUGACUGAGAGCCAAGUCAAGGUGUGGUUCCAGAACAGGAGGACCAAAUGGAGGAAAAAGCAUGCUGCAGAGAUGGCCACAGCCAAAAAGAAGCAGGACACGGAAACUGAGAGACUGAAGGGGGCUUCAGAUAACGAGGAAGAGGAUGAUGACUAUAACAAGCCCUUGGACCCCAACUCAGACGAUGAGAAGAUCAACCAACUUCUUAAGAAACACAAAUCCAGCAGCUCACUGCUUCUGCAGCAGUCUGAAAAUGACAGCUCUUCUUAGAGGGAUGGGUGGACAACCCCUGGACCUGGGACAAGUAGGGUGGUCUACAGACUCUAGAGAUGGAAUGGAGACAAUAAGUUGGUCUGGACAAGGUCUUCUUCUGAUCAACUCUUCCUGAACAAGGUCACCUUCCCUCCUCUUUAUACUCACAGCACUGCGCCUAGGGCGAUAUAAGACUUUAUUUUCUAAGAUGUACAUAUAUAUUUUUAUACAUUCUAAGCCGAUGAAAGAUAUUCAGUAUUCACACACAAGCUAAUAUCCAGACACAGUUGCAUUGAUGGGUUAUCAGUAAAUAGUAAUUCUAGGCUCAUGUUCUAAAAGUGGAACAAUCAGCAAGACUAUUCAAUUGGCUUCCAUGCUGACUGUUCCAAUGAUAGAACUUUGCUCCAGAAUCACUCUUUGUACAAAACCCCAUAUUAUGGUGCAGAAGAUAUAGUAGCCACCCAGUUACUUAAAAGGAGAAUGGGAGAUAGGCAUUGAAACAUGGGAUUAGACAUUCUCUCCCCUAAAAAAAAAACUGUUAUUAAUGGAAUUUUGGUAAGAUGCAUGUGAUCUGGAAGGAUUCACUGAAUCAGCUUGUUGAAGGGUCUUGUAAAUAAAACCGUGAGUCACUCUGAUAGGAGGUUGCUCCACUGUGAAUGUUUGAAUGUAAAAUAUUUUUUUUUGUUUUGUUUUGUUAAACAUAAAUAUGGGGGAUGUAUAGCCAGUGGGGGGUGUCACAUGACAAUGUUCAUGCAUCCGUUCUGUUUUUCCUUAUGCCCUGUCUUCCUGCAAACUGAACUCAUGCCCACUCUUUACUAGAUAAUAUUUGAUAAAUUGACAACUCCUUCUCCCCCAUAGGCCAGUUAAAUAUUGGAUUGGACUGUAUUGUUGCACACAUUUUGAUAUUUAUUACUAACAGAUACAUGUGAAAAUAAAAACAAAAAACAAACAAAAACAAAACAAA